UAAUUUUGCACAAAUAUUGUUGCAAAUUGGUGGGUAUAUUAAUGCAAAUGAGUCAUUAUUUUUUGGACUAAAAUUUGACCUAAUAGGUCGUUUUUUCGGGGACGAGGGGGGAGUAUUAAAAACGAGGAGAAUAGAUACCAACGCACUAUGCUCAAGCCAAAUCAAUUGUGUGACAGUACUGACACAGUGGUACUGUAGAUAUAAGUGAUAGUUGUAUGAAGUAGCUUUCAAUUUUCAAGCCAGAGGAAGUCCCAUUGACAGAAAAAUAAUUAAACAAUAAAGCCUCUUGUUAUUUUGCCACUAAAACAGUACCAAAGAAACAGAAAAAUGGGAGUGAAAUUGAAGUUGCUGGUAAACAGUGAAACAAAGAAGGUGGUAUUUGCAGAAGCAGGGAAGGAAUUUGUUGAUUUCUUGAUGGGUUUAAUGGAGAUUCCACUUGGUUCAAUCCUCCGUCUUUGGAAACAAAAUUCCGAAAAUAGAGAUGGAAAUUCUACUUUAUCAUUGGAAAAACUUUAUGAAAGUAUCUACUUAUUUGAUGAAUCCUACCUUCAGAAAUCUGAUCUCAGGAAUUCUGUCUUGGACCCUAAAUUUUCAUCUGUUACUAAAACAAGCAGGCUCCUGUCCUUCAACAGUUACUUCAACUGUCAAUCCUCUUUCUAGCCCUCUAAUUUUUUUGUAUUACUAAAUUAUACUAUGUUCGUAUGUUACAUUUUACUACUUUGUUCGGAAUUAAUUGUCGCAUUGUUUCAAUUCUUGAUAUUUACGACAUUUUAAUUUGUCUCCUGUUAUGUUCCCCUUACUUUUUAUUCUACAUAUUACUAUCCUACUUGAUAUGCACGAGUCCAAGUGAUUGUCGUAUACACUCUUCACUUGUAAUUGUUGUUGUAAUAUGGUUAUUAUUUAACUGCUGAAAUCGAAAACUUAUACGAGUAGUUUAAUUUUCAAGUACGAGUAAUGUCAGUUUAUUUUGCUUCCCCUGAUCCUUGAUUGUCACCGCCUUUUCAUUGUAGUUUUGCUUUGCCUUUUUGCUUGCUUCAAAAUUACUCAAUUCUUGAAAUUGUUCUCUUUAAGCUUCGGUUUCUUGUUUGCUUAUUUUGUAUAAUUGUUUCAUACCAUACAUGUAGUGUUACACACACACACAGCCACAUAGGGUAUCAUACGAGUAGAGCUCGUAUUCCCAAUUGUUCAAUAAGCUAUUACAUGUGCACGCCGUUGUAUAAGCUUUUGAAAUUUGAAUGCUCUAUUUUUCUUGAGAUACUUUGUUCAAUUAAAGUGAGCUCAAAUCCUCUAUUUUGUGAUUUUGUACUCAGCAAAAGUAGUUACUCUUACUCCCAAUCUAGCCGGGAUGAGAUAGAUGGGUAUGUUAAGGGUGCUGCUUACUACAUGGUGAAGGAUGAUCUCUCGAUAACACCUUCCUCAACCAUCUCCAGCAUAAAUCUCUUCAACAUACAUGGCGUCAAAGAUAUCAGCUUCCUCCUUGAGAAGACUGUCGAGGUCGAUGGCACAAAGGCUUUAGAGCUGGUGAGAACAGCAUUUUAUUCCAAUACGGUCCUCACAGACGUUUUCAUGAGCAACGAUCAAAGCAUGGCUUCUACCAGUAAAAAUGAGGGUGAGACCAAUUAAUUUUAUUUAUCCAA